AUGGGAGUGAGUGACUUUCUCCCAGUCAGAACCAAUUCAGCACGCGUGGAUCAGGAGGAGAGGUACACUGACAUAACUGACGACCUCGAAGAGCCUUACAAGAAGCAAUACAUGGCGGACGCAGAUGGCUUUGACGCUUACGAAAUGGAGCAUGCAAAGCUGCAGCACCAGAAGCAGCAGAAGCGCAGUUGUUGCACGUGGCAAAACAUCGCCAUAACGUGCGGACUCCUCCUCUCCCUGCUUAUGACCGGCGUGGGAAUCGCCAUACUCGUUGUUGCGUGCACUUAUAAGCCCGCGCCUCCCGUGAUCAAUAUUGAGAAGGUUGACAUUGUACGGUUAAAUUUCAACGGCACAGGCACCAACAGUGACCUGACCACUAGUCUUGGCGGGCUGGGAGCUACUAUCGGGGAUGCCCUCGGGAGUCCGUUGGCGGGAGCUCUGGGAAAUCUCGGGAGCGAUCUCGGAAGCCUGCUGGCGGACCCGACCAAUUUCACCCUCAAUAUGAACGCACUCAUUAAUGUUACAGCGAAUGUGUUGAAUCCCAACAAGUACGAUAUUCAAGUGAAGUACCUGGACCUGUUCAUCUCACUCUUCAACAUAAGCGUCUCCAAUGUCUCGUUGGGCGAGUUCAGGUCUCCCAGCAACCAAAACAUCAGCCUCACAAUCCCCUUGAAAGUGGUCAACGUGCCGUUGGUGUCUCUUGGGAAGGAUAGCGUCAUUGGUAACUCCCUCCUGGCUCAGAAGCUCAAGAUGAAGGAGUUGCAGAAGGCAAAGCCCAGUGGUGGGCCAUCUCCUCACCAUCCUACAAGGUUGGAGUAG